CCGGAUGUCAACCGAUGCCGUGUGAACGUGAUCAGUCAUGCGGGGUUGAAUCGUCCCGAGUUAUGCACUUACGCUUUAUGUCUAAGCUGCAUUUAAAAAAAAAAAGUAAUUAUCUGUCAAUGAAGACAACGUUUGUAUUACGAGUUAUAUCGAAAUAGUUUCUGACAUGAAAGCGAUAAUACAACGAGUAUCAAAGGCUUCAGUUUCAGUUGACGGACAAGUUAUUAGUAGCAUUGGAAAUGGGUUGUGUGUGUUAAUUGGUAUAAAGAGAGAUGACGGAGCUGUAGAUGUGGAAUAUAUAAUAAGAAAAAUAUUGAAUACCAAACUUUUUGAUGAUGACAAGGGUAAAAGAUGGGGUGCCAGUGUAGUGGAUAAAAAGUAUGAAAUAUUAUGUAUUAGUCAGUUUACUUUGUACCAUGUUUUAAAAGGAAACAAGUUAGAUUUUCAUAAAGCUAUGCCUGCACAAGAGUCAGAACCUUUUUACAUGAAUUUUAUUGCUGAACUUCGUAAGAAGUAUAUGCCAGAAUUAAUUAAAGAUGGUAAGUUUGGUGCAAUGAUGGAAGUUUGCAUACAAAACAGCGGACCAGUAACAGUGGAAAUAGAAUCUCCAAUAAAAUCCAUUUCAAAUAAUGACACUGGAAGUAUAGAAAACAGAAAGAAAACAGAUUAAAAAAACGUACUAAUUAUGUAUAUAACUGACAAGUUCAAUAAACUUAUGCCAAUCUUGAUAUCAA